ACCAGGACUCUCAGCCUACCAGCCUGCCUGCCUGCAUCAGGGAGAUUGUCACCCGCAACCUCUCCCAGCCUGAGAGCCCAGCCCUGCUGCCGGCCACAGAGAUGGCAUCACUGCUGUCGCUGCAGGAAGAAAACCAACUGCUGCAGCAGGAGCUGUCCCGUGUGGAGGACCUGCUGUCCCAGAGCCGUGCUGAGCGUGAUGAGCUCGCCAUUAAGUACAAUGCGGUCAGCGAGAGGCUGGAGCAGGCGGUACGCCUGGAGUCUGGGGAGCUGGAGACACAGGAGCCCAGGGGACUGGUACGGCAGAGUGUGGAGCUGCGCAGGCAGCUGCAGGAGGAGCAGGCCUCCUACCGGCGCAAGCUGCAGGCCUACCAGGAGGGCCAGCAGAGGCAGGCCCAGCUCGUGCAGCGGUUGCAAGCCAAGAUCCUCCAGUACAAGAAGAAGUGCUCGGAGCUGGAGCAGCAGCUGCUGGAUAGAUCCACGGAGCUGGAGCAGCAGCGGCUGAGGGACACAGAACAUAGCCAAGACCUGGAGAGCGCCCUCCUCCGCCUAGAGGAGGAACAGCAGAGGAGUGCCAGCCUGGUCCAGGUGAAUGCUAUGCUCCGAGAGCAGCUGGACCAGGCAGGCUCAGCCAACCAGGCUCUGAGUGAGGACAUACGAAAGGUGACCAGCGACUGGACACGCAGCCGCAAGGAGCUGGAGCAGCGGGAGGCGGCAUGGAGGCGUGAGGAGGAGUCCUUCAAUGCCUACUUCAGCAAUGAGCACAGCCGCCUUCUCCUCCUCUGGAGGCAGGUUGUGGGGGUCCGACGGCUGGUCAGCGAGGUGAAGAUGUCCACUGAGAGGGACCUGCUGCAGCUGGGAGGGGAGUUGGCCCGGACAUCACGGGCUGUCCAGGAGGCGGGCCUGGGGCUGAGUGCAGGCCUGCGGCUGGCAGAGAGCCGGGCUGAGGCAGCCCUGGAAAAGCAGGCACUUCUGCAGGACCAGCUGGAGGAGCAGCUGCGGGACAAGGUGCUCCGUGAGAAGGACCUGACCCAGCUGCAGGUGCAAAGAGACCUGGACAAGGCUGACCUCAGUGCCAGGGUGACAGAGCUGGCCCUGGCAGUAGAACGUCUUCAGAACCAGAAUCUGGAGAAGGAUCAGGUCAACAAGGCCCUCACUGAGAAGCUUGAGGCCCUGGAAUCCUUGCGGCUACAGGAGCAGGCGGCCCUGGAGACAGAGGACGGAGAGGGGCUGCAGCAGACCCUGAGGGACCUGGCACAGGCCGUCCUGUCGGACGUGGAGAGCGGUGUCCAGCUCAGCGGCUCCGAGCGCACGGCGGACACGUCAGACUGCAGCCUGCGGGGACUGUCAGGCCCGCGGACCCCGUCUCCGCCGCGGCGCUCCUCCCCCGGCCGCGGCCGUUCCCCGCGCCGAGGCCCUUCCCCGGCCUGCUCUGACUCCUCCACGCUCGCGCUGAUCCAGUCCGCCCUGCACAAGCGCCAGCUGCAGGUCCAGGACAUGCGUGGGCGCUAUGAGGCCAGCCAGGACCUGCUGGGCACCCUGCGAAAGCAGCUUAGUGACAGCGAGGGUGAACGCCGUGCUCUGGAGGAGCAGCUACAGCGCCUGCGGGACAAGACCGACGAGGCUGCCCAGGCCCAUGAGGACACCCAGCGCGAGGCCCAGCGCCUGCGAAGCACCAUUGACCUCUUGAGCAGGGAGAAGGACAGCCUGGCCCACAGCCUGCAGGUGGCCCAGCAGCAGGCCGAGGAACUACAGGAGGAGCGGGAGAAGCUGCAGGCCACCCAGGAGGAGCUGCGGCGCCAGCGGGACCGGCUGGAGGAGGAGCAGGAGGACACAGUGCAAGAUGGCGCACGGGCGCGCAGGGAGCUCGAGCGCAGCCAUAGACAGCUAGAGCAGCUGGAAGAGAAGCGGUCAGGGCUGGUGAAGGAGCUGGUGGAAGUGAGGGAGGCACUGAGCUGUGCCACACUGCAUCGGGACAUGCUGCAGGCCGAGAAGGCUGAGGUGGCAGAGGCACUGACCAAGGCUGAGGCCAGCCGUGUGGAGCUUGAGCUCUCCACCACCAAGCUGAGGGUAGAGGAGGCCUCUCUGCGGGACUCCUUGUCCAAGCUGAGCGCCCUCAACGAGAGCCUCGCUCAGGACAAGCUGGGGCUGAACCGCCUUGUUGCCCAGCUGGAGGAGGAAAAGGCAGCUCUGCUGGGCCGGCAGCGACAGGCGGAGCAGGAGGCCACCUUGGCACUGGAGGAGCAGGAGCGACUGGAGCAGGUGCGGCUGGAGCAGGAGGUGGAGCGGCAGGGUCUGGAGGGCUCCCUGCGGGCAGCGGAGCAGGCCCGGGAGGCUCUGGAGCAGCAGCUCCCCACUCUGCGCCAAGAACGCAGCCGGCUGCAGGAGCAGCUUGCCCAGCUCUCUCGGCAGCUGAGCGGGCGGGAGCAGGAGCUGGAGCAGGUCCGACAGGAGUCACAGCGGCAGGUGGAGGCACUGGAACGAGCGGCCCGGGAGAAAGAGGCGCUGGCCAAGGAACGGGCCGGCCUGGCUGUGCAGCUGGUGGCAGUAGAACGUGAAGGCCGGGCCCUGUCAGAGGAGGCCACACGCCUGCGCUUGGAGAAGGAAACCCUGGAGAGCAGCCUGUUUGAGGUGCAGCGGCAGCUGGCCCAGCUUGAGGCCCGCCGGGAGCAGCUGGAAGCUGAUGGGCAGGCCCUUUUGCUGGCCAAGGAGACCCUGACUGGGGAGCUGGUGGGCCUGCGGCAGCAGAUGAUAACUACAGAAGAAAAAGCAGCUCUGGACAAGGAGCUGAUGGCCCAGAAGCUGGUGCAGGCUGAGCGGGAGGCCCAGGCCUCUCUGCGGGAGCAACGGGCAGCCCAUGAAGAGGAUUUGCAGCGACUCCAGCGUGAGAAGGAGGCUGCAUGGCGGGAGCUGGAAGCAGAGCGGGCCCAGCUGCAGAGUCAGCUGCAGCGGGAGCGGGAGGAGCUGCUGGCCCGCCUCGAAGCCGAGAAGGAAGAGCUGAGCGAGGAGAUUGCUGCCCUGCAGCAGGAGCGUGACGAGGGCCUCCUCCUGGCUGAGAGCGAGAAGCAGCAGGCCUUGUCCCUGAAGGAGUCUGAGAAGACAGCGCUGUCAGAGAAGCUGAUGGGUACACAGCAUAGCCUGGCUGCCAUCUCCCUGGAGAUGGAGCGGCAGAAACGAGAUGCUCAGAGCCGGCAGGAGCAAGACCGGAGCACUGUGAACACCCUGACGUCCGAGCUGCGGGACCUACGCGCCCAGCUUGAAGAGGCUGCUGUGGCCCAUGCCCAAGAGGUGAAGAGGCUGCAGGAGCAGGCCCGGGACCUGGGCAAGCAGCGGGAAUCCUGCCUGCGCGAGGCAGAGGAACUUCGGACUCAGCUGCGCCUGCUGGAGGACGCCCGUGACGGGCUGCGGCGGGAGCUGCUGGAGGCUCAGCGCCGGCUGCGUGAGAGCCAGGAGGGCUGCGAGGCCCAGCGCCAGGAGGCCGGCGAGCUGCGGCGCAGCCUGAGUGAGGGUGCCAAAGAGCGCGAGGCCCUGCGGCGCUCCAAUGAGGAGCUGCGGGCCGCCGUGAAGAAGGCUGAGAGCGAGCGCAUCAGCCUGAAGCUUGCCAACGAGGACAAGGAGCAGAAGCUGGCACUCCUAGAGGACGCCCGUGCAGCUGUGGGCAAGGAAGCUGGGGAGCUGCGGGCUGGGCUGCAGGAGGUGGAGCGCUCACGGCUGGAGGCUCGGCGGGAGCUGCAGGAGCUCCGGCGGCAGAUGAAGAUGCUGGACAGUGAGAACGCCAGGCUGGGCCGGGAGCUGGCAGAACUGCAGGGCCGCCUGGCGCUGGGCGAGCGGGCAGAGAAGGAGAGCCGGAGGGAGGCUCUGGGCCUCAGGCAGAGACUUCUGAAAGGCGAGGCCAGCCUGGAAGCCAUGCGGCAGGAGCUCCAGGGAGCCCAGCGAAAGCUGCUGGAGCAAGAGGGCGAGUUCCGGGCCCGCGAGCGAGGCCUGCUGGGCUCCCUCGAGGAGGCGCGCGGCGCUGAGAAGCAGCAGCUGGACCACGCCCGCAGCCAGGAGCUGAAGCUGGAGGCGGCGCGGGCCGAGGCCGCGGAGCUGGGGCUGCGGCUGAGCGCGGCCGAGGGUCGGGCGCAAGGUCUCGAGGCCGAGCUGGCCCGCGUGGAGGCGCAGCGGCGCGCGGCCGAGGCCCAGCUGGGCGGCCUGCGCUCGGCCCUGCGCCGGGGCCUCGGCCUGGGCCGGGGCAGCGCGCCCAGCCCCUCCGCACGGCCUCUGCCCGCGCCGUGCUCCCCGGCCCAGGACCCGCCUGCCGGAGGAAGCGGGGAGGGGCUUAGCAGCCCUAGCCCCUUAGAACACAGCCCUGGGUCCCAGCCACCAUCUCCAGGACCUACCACCUCCCCUGUGCAUCCAGACCUGGACCCAGAGGCAGUGCGGGGGGCUCUCCGGGAAUUCCUGCAGGAGCUGCGGAGCACCCAGAGGGAACGGGAUGAGCUUCGGACCCAGACAAGUGCCUUGAGUCGCCAGCUGGCUGAGAUGGAGGCCGAGAGGGACAGCGUGACCUCACGGGCCAGGCAGCUGCAGAAGACAGUGGCCGAGAGUGAGGAAGCCCGACGCAGUGUGGAUGGGAGGCUGAGUGGCGUCCAGGCAGAGCUGGCACUGCAGGAGGAGAGCGUGCGGCGCAGCGAGCGGGAGCGCCGGGCCAUGCUGGACCAGGUGGCUGCACUGGAGAGGAGCCUGCAGGCCACCGAGAGCGAGCUCCGGGCCAGCCAGGAGAAGAUCAGCAAAAUGAAGGCCAAUGAGGUGAAGCUGGAGAGCGACAAGCGGCGCCUGAAGGAGGUGCUGGAUGCCUGUGAGAGCCGCACCAUCAAGCUGGAGCUGCAGCGGCGCUCACUGGAGGGGGAACUGCAGCGCAGCCGCCUGGGCCUGAGCGACCGCGAGGCCCAGGCCCAGGCCCUGCAGGAUCGGGUGGACUCCCUGCAGAGACAGGUGGCAGACAGCGAGGUGAAGGCAGGGACCCUGCAGCUGACAGUGGAGCGGCUGAGCGGGGCCCUGGCCAAGGUGGAGGAGACUGAGGGGACCCUGCGGGACAAGGUGCAGGGCCUGACAGAGGCCCUGACUCAGAGCCGUGCCAGCCUCACCAGUACUCAGGACAAGAAUCUGCGCCUGCAGAAGGCCCUGACUGCCUGUGAACAUGACCGCCAAGUGCUCCAGGAACGGCUGGAUGCUGCCCGGCAGGCGUUGUCUGAGGCACGGAAGCAGAGCAGCUCCCUGGGCGAGCAGGUGCAGACGAUGCGGGGUGAGCUGGCAGACCUGGAGCUGCAGCGGGCGGAGGCUGAGGGCCAGCUUCAGCAGCUGCAGGAGGUGCUGCGGCAGCGGCAGGAGAGUGAGGCGGUGGCUCUGCGCUCCAUCCAGAAGCUGCAGGAUGAGCGGCGGCUCCUGCAGGAGCGUCUGGGCAGCCUGCAGCGGGCUCUGGCUCAGCUGGAAGCCGAGAAGCGAGAGGUGGAGCGCUCCGCCCUGCGGCUGGAAAAGGACCGCCAGGCCCUCAGGAGGACUCUGGACAAAGUAGAGCGGGAGAAACUCCGUAGCCAUGAGGACACAGUGAGGCUGAGUGCAGAGAAGGGCCGCCUGGACCGCACACUCACGGGGGCUGAGCUGGAGCUGGCCGAGGCCCAGAGGCAGAUCCAGCAGCUGGAGGCCCAGGUGGUGGCACUGGAGCAGAACCAUAGCCCAGCCCAGCUGGAGGCAGAUGACCAGCAGCGGCUGGAGCUGCAGCAGGAGGUAGAGCGCUUGCGCAGUGCCCAGGUGCAGACGGAGCGGACUCUGGAGGCGCGGGAGCGGGCCCACCGCCAGAGGGUGCAUGGGCUGGAGGAGCAGGUGUCCACACUGAAGGGACAGUUGCAGCAGGAGCUUCGAAGGAGCUCAGCAUCCUUCUCCCCACCCUCUGGCCCCCCAGAGAAGUGAGCCCUUCCCAGCCAGCAUCCUGGAGAGCAGCCCCAUCCCCGGGGCAGCAGAGGGACCUCCUCUCCAGCACAACCCACCCAGGCCUGGUGCAUCGGGGUCCCCAGAGCUGGGGUGGGGUGAGGAGGAGCGGAGUGGCCAUGCUGAGGGACAGGGACACCAGCUCCAGGCCAGAUCCAGCAGUGGCUUCUCUGCGGGCCCCACCUCAGCUCAGCCCCUGGGAUGAGCCACUCUGGGUUGUACAAGGUCCUCCCUGAGAGUAGUUGAGCCGAAGCCAGGGGUUGGGGAGAGCCCUUGUCUCUGGCCCGCCCCGCAGCAGGCGCCUGGAGGAUGGGCUCAUGGGAAAGAGGAGGGGGCCGAGGCCCAGGGCAAGGGUCAGAAAUCCAGGCCCUGACCCUGAGUUCCCAGAGAUCUCUCCGCCUUAGUUCUGUCAGGACAUUCCUCAGAAAGCUCAGAGU